UGGGUGUAUCGUGUGUAUUGGCAGAUAUUCAGAAUGAAUGCAAACACUAUUGAAAAGAAAAACACCCACGAAAUGUCGUGAAUGCAAAAUCGAAGGAUGUUAGUGACAGACUGUUUCAACAGAGCUUUAAGGGGUCAUCCCCGUGUGAAACUACAGAAUGUGACUCACACCCGGUAUCAUCGUGUAUUGAAUAUUUGACAACAGAAGGGCACUUGACAAACUUUGACGUGGGAUGAUUGUAAUGCUGUGCUCUCGACAUGUAAAUCUCACUUAUUCACAGGUUCGGGUGAGUCCCGGGUCUGUUUCAUGCGAACAGCUACCAUUGUUGACAAUCACAAAAGUUAUCUACUAUGCAUACGUGGAAAUGUAAUAUGACUCCUAUUUGACAUUUAGUUUCCAGUUAAAUUAUACUAAAAAUGAUGUCGUUUAUGAUGAAAAAGAAGCGUUUUAAGUUCCAUGUAAACUUUUGCAUCGAGGAACUGUCAUCUGUGCCUUUUGUUAGUGGAAUACUAUUUGCAAAGAUCCGGUUGCUGGAUGGUGGCAACUUUGCAGGACAGUCUGAAAGGCAAGACAUCAUCAACAACUGUGUGAAGUGGAAGGCAGCCUUUAGUUUCCAGUGUAAGAUGACGGCCAAUGCUAACACUGGGUCACUUGAUGAGUGUAAAUGUCGUAUCUCUAUCCGAAAGGAACAGAAGGGCGGGAAGACAUACCAGAAGCUCGGAUAUAAGGAUGUUGACUUGGCUGAGUAUGCAGGGUCAGGCUGUCAGACGAAAAAAUUUCUUUUAGAGGGUUAUGACUCAAAACACAGACAAGACAAUUCCGUCCUAGAGGUUACUGUGGAAAUGUCAUUGGUGUCUGGAGACCCUGUGUUCAAAGUCCCACAAAAGAGCAAGUCUGUGUUCUAUCGGCUGCCAGGGGAGAUGAUGGAUGUACAGGAACAGGAGGCACGGGGAAUUGAGGACUGCAGUGAGGGUAGUCUGGCCUCCAACAGUAGUGGCUUUGACAGUUUGCCUAGAAAAGACCGUCCUGCUAUCCUCCCUGUUGAAAGUCCCCCAGAGUUUGACAGUAGCCAUGACUUUGAGAAGAGCCAUUCACGUAACAACAGCUAUGCAAGUCAGCACUCUAAAACCUCAACAGGCUAUGUCUCUCUGUCACACAGUCGACAGUCAAGCAUCGGCAAUGAAAACCCCACUCAUACCAGAUUUUUGAAUGUGUUAUAUUUAAGUCCAAGUGCCGGGUCUGCUCUCAUCAAUGAUCUCAUCAAAGGUGACCGCAGAAAGAAGUUUGAGGAUUCUAUGAAAGAGAGGAGAAUGGAUUCAACACGAGUAGAUGCCACAGGGGUUGUUGACGAGCUCCUCAACUCAGCAGACCUUCUGUCCUCGAGGGAAGAAAGUUCAGGGUUACAGCUGCUUGUAGAUAAGGACGGUACAACAGCUCUCCGGUGACAACAGAGAAACUUAGCAAUUGGUCUUGUUGACUAGUCCUCAGAUGUGGACAGAGCACCGUGGUGAUUGGACCUGUUGUCCUCAGGUGUCCGUCAUAUAAAAACGGGAACCAUAGCCGUAUGUCCACAGACGAGAACCAUUGUUGUUGGACCUAUAAUAUGUCUCCACAUGAUGAGCAAAUCCAGAUAACUACAGGGAGAUAACUCCGUGAUUAUCUUAUUGGAUACACUCCAGCAUAGCACCCUGAAAUAAUUCCUGUUUGAUUUUCAUCACAUGUUGUGUUUAGAGGAUGUUACUCGUGGAGGAGGUGCCAUUAAAUGGAAAUGAGACUUGAAUGAUUUUGAACCAACAAUCAAUGUUCAUUUGUUGUGAUUUUAUUGGGACAUUACCAGAUGUCUAUACUCUUAUUUAUUAAUAACCAUGGCAAUGUUUACAUGUAACCAUGGUGAUGUGUAAAAGAAACCAUUGAACUAUUUAUACUUAAUCAUGAAACUGUUUGUAUUUAACCAUGGCAUGUGUUUACAUGUAAACAUGGUGAUGUAUAAUAGAAGCCAUUGACGUUUUUAUAACUAAUUUUGAAACUGUUGGUAUAUUUAACCAUGGCAAUGUAACAUAUAAUCAUGGCAAUGUGUAAAAGUAACCAUGGAAACUUUUAUAACAAAUAAUGAUUUAACCAUGGCAGUGUUAACAUGUAGUCAUGGCAAUGUGUAAAAGGAACCACAGAAACCUUUAUAACAAAUAAUGGUUUAACCAUGGCAGUGUUUAUAAGGAUUCCAUGAAACUGUUAGUAGAUAUCUCAUUGUCAAAGUCUUUGCUGUGUGGUAUUUAUAAAAAAAAAAACAUUUAUACUUACAUUUGUGUACAGGCCAUUUAUUGGAGAGUUAAGCAAAAUGGAAUUCCUUAAGUGAAAUUUUAUAAGGCUUCAAAAUAUAUCUAUAUUGCUAGCUGGUAGACAUGGUGCUAUUAUGUCUUAGAAACAUUAGGUUACACCCAUCAUGUGGUUGCUACAGAUUCUUCACAGUUCACAUGAUUAUUCAGUGCCAUUUUUUCGGAGAGUAAGUUGAACCAACCUGGUACCAUAUCACUAUACCUUUUCCCUCCAACUGCUGAUCCUGAUAAAAUGGAUGUGUUUGGCCAGGAGGUACAGCUCCUAAGACUGCAAUCUCUCCCUUAGGUUCCUUACACUACCUAAUACACCUCUGUAAUGCCUCAAGGGCUAUCACACUUGACCUCAAGGUUAUACCUAUAUUUCGAAACAAAAAGGCAUUGCGCAUGUAUGCGUAUUGUAACCUCUGAUACAAAUAGUUGUAUAGGAGUGUUUUUAUUUUGCUAGAAGUUUAAUUUAAGGAAAUGGCUAGCUGUAUGUCAGCUGUUAAUAGGUGAAUAAAUCACGUUCCUACUAGAAUUGUAAUGACACCAACACAGUUCAUUAGCAUAUAUAGGCUAAUAUGAUUCUAAAUUCUGUUAACACCAUGUGAAAUAAUCUCAUGGAAAUAAAUAUAUCAAUAUUACGGAGUUACAUGGGACUGUUGGCUCACAAAUACAAAAACAAUCCAACGAAAUAAAUCAGCGGAAAUAUACUUAAGGCAAUCUGCUAAAUUUAAAUGUGUUUUAAAUGCAUAUGAUAAGAUAGUUUUAAUUGUUUUUAUCUCAUGUGGAACAAGUACUUUUUUAAAAUCUUGUAAUGAAGCGAGCCAUUUACAGAGAUGUAUGCUGGUGACCGCAGUGCUCUCAGGGAGAGAUUGCUAAGACAGUGUACCAGAAUACAUUUAUCAAGGGGAAUAACUCCACUGUACUGAUAAAUAUGUAGCCUGGGACAUAGCUUUAUAACAUAAUUUCGUGUCCAAACAGAAAUAUCGUUAUACUUUGCCAGGGGGAAUCAAAUAACUCCAUUGUAUUCUGGUUAGCAUACCAAAUGCUGCAUUUGGACAAGGGGUAUGAUUCCAUUGCUUCAUGAUAGGCAUACAAUGUACCAGAACAUAGUUACAUUAUUUUUGGACAGUCCUGAAUAUUCAGAUAUACCAGAUCUGUGUUCACAGAGAAAACAUUUUCUAUUUCGAAGACUAUACUAAAGCCUAUUGUUAUUGUUUGAGAAGUUAAUCUAUUAUAUUAUUGUAUAUCAAUCUUUGUUUUACUGUUUUUUUUUGUAUAUACAUGUAACUGGUAGUCAAGAUUUGUUUUUGAUGAUCACCAGUUCAAAAUGUUUUCCUUUAUUUCAUAGACUUUUGUAAAAAGAAAUUCUGCCUGCUGAUUGAAAGUUUCCUGUGCCUUUCAGAGAAAUGUUUAUGCCAUGUAUUACACACUGUGAAUAACAGGGUAGUCAUUCUUUUUAUCAUGACUGUUAUCAUUGUUGCAGAACAUAUAGUAUUUAUAUUAUGGCCGUAAAUAUUGUUGCAGAAUUUGUACCAUAAUAAUUCUGUGUAAAAGAUACGGAAUCUCAUCAGUGUCAUUAGAAAGUGUCCAUUAUUGUGUUUUGAAUAUUGUGUGUUAUCGUUGUCAUUAGACGGCCUUGCUUUGUUUAUGGUCUGCCUUUAUCGGAAUAAUCACUGACACUCAUCAUGGCAUUACCAUCUACCCCUGUAUUGGAAUAACCGUCCACUCCCAUCAAAGAACAUACUUCAAACCAUAUUGCAGAAUAACCACUGGCUACUAUUGAGGAUAACUGGCAGGCACCAUUAUAGAACAACUAGUGUCUAAUAUUGUCCAGCCCCUGUACAAUGCCAUAGACCAUCACGUACCCCCUGUAAUAUAGCACAUCUAAGACAAUUCCCAAGUUUUUUGCUCUUGUUACUUUCACACUUUCUGUUAACCAUUAUUGCUGACUAAUGGUUGAUUUUCACUCUGUUGAGUAUCAAUGCAGGCUGAUGGUUUGUUUUGGUUUUCUGUCACCUUAAUUAACUAGAGCGUGUCGCCUUUUACUAGAGUGAGAUAGGAAAUGUAGUAAUGAUUAUGCUAAUGGGUUUAGAACUAGUUCCAUCUGCCGAGGUGUGCUGAUCAUGACAACACAUUCCUUUCUUCCAUCCAACACAUGCUACAGAUGGCUAUUUGAUCAUACCUACUUGUAAUACACAUACUGUUGCUACUUUCACAGUAAAAGGUCAAGUUAAAAAGUCAGCCAAGUGAAUUUUGUUUUUCCCGGUGAAAGGCAAAUAAUUCACGAAGAGUUCCAUGCUUAAAUGCUAUGUUUAUCCUUCUACAACUGACAUAUAUAACAUUGUGUGUAUGUACUGACCGGUAUUUAUUUAUAUAUUUGACUACUUUUGACAUGUGUUUCUUCAUACAUAGUACUUGUAUUGAUAUGUUUGACCACUAUAUAUACAUUAUUGUGUAUGUUAAGUACUAGAUCAAGGCUCAAAUGUUAUCACAGGCUGUAUACAUUAGAUGAUUUUGUUUGUGUUAAAUGUAGUGUUAUAAUCGUUUUCUAAAAUAGAUAUCAUGCCUCCCUAAAUCCAAUAUAUAUAUAAUAUUGACCUGUUGUAUUAGUUCUUGAAUAAUGUAUCCAGGGGAUCUAUAACACAUCAUAUAGUGGCAAUUUUGUCUCCACUCCUUGAUUCCAUGGGUUUUGUACACCAUCACAGUUAUAAACCUGUACUAGCUAUACAUUUAUGGAAGGCUAUUGUCUCCCUUGACUUGAUUAUCAAUCGUGUUGUCUCUCUUGCCCUUAUAACUCAAUUUUUGUAACAGUCUAAAACUUUUGAUUAGCUCACCUGGCCGAAAGUUUCGCUCUGAUCAGAAAUAGAUUAACAAGGUGAGUAAUGCAUGCUCUUUGAGCCCCAUGUUCUAAAUUUGUUACUGAUUACCCAGUACAGAUUUAUUACAGUUAGCUGGCCAGCUUUGGAAUCUGGCAUUGCCAAGUUAGUUCAAAACAGUUUAAGAUGUAAAGGUCUGGUGGCCAUUGUAUACUGAUUGUACCAACCAAUCAUUAUAUCUGUACAGAAUUAGCACCAACGAUAUUGUAACUGUCCUGAUAACUUUGUACAGCAGAAAACAUGUGAUAAUGAUAAUACAUACAGUGUAUAUUUCUUUGAUAGAAAUAAAGGUGAUAUUAAUUCGUGUCCUCACAUCCACAUUUUAAAACAGAAAAUUUAGUGCUCAGCUAUACCGUCGGAAGUGAAAUCCAAUGUAUUGCUUGAUAUAUACCUAGGUAAGAAUUCAUGCAGUAAUUCUGGUUUAUUUAUAUCUAAUGUUAGGUAUAAACAAGCUGUUCAGUUUGCUAAGAGCUUUAUAUCAGAAGUGAUGGGUUUUACAGAGGUGAGGUGUGUCACAGGCCGGCAGUUUAUGAGAGGAAAUAUUUUCAUUAUCGGUGUAUAAUUAUGUAUAUGAGGUUGUUACAAGAAAAUAAUUUUGACAGUUCCAUAAAAGUUUUUUUCUUUGUUUGUUUAUGUGACUUCUGUUCUUGACAUUUAGUCAUUGAUCACUUAUUUAUUUUUCAAGUAGAAAUCUGAUAUUCAAGUUUAGUAAUACUGUAGCCUAUAAUUGUUUAAUUUGCGGGGCUAAUAUUUCGGGGGUUGCUAAAGUAUGAACUAGUAUACAAUUUCGUGCAACACCUAGGUGUAUACAUUUUGUAGUAAACAGGAGAACACUUCUGUACGUUUGUUUGUAUAUUAUCAUAUAAUUUACAAUAUUAAUAUUUGAUGUGUAUUUAUUUUGAGCUAUAUUAAAUGACCGUGAAGAUAAUGAAAUUAAGUCCCCUGUGAUUAUCACCAAUUAUGCAGUAUUCAGUAUCUUAAAAAAGAACAAAAUUUUACUUAUUUAAAUAAGACGUUAAAUGAUUAGCCUUGCGGAUGGAUCCUCUCAAAAUGAACUGAGUGAAGACAAUUGUAGCCAGAUUGCUGUUGUAGUACGAGAACAUUAAUCUUGGUUCAGAUGUAUUCCGGUCAUUUUAAUAUACGGGGGUCUGAAACUAGCUGUAAUUCUACCUCAAUUAAUAUGUCAUUGAUCAAGUGUGAUAAAUAUCCGUGAUAGUAACACUACUAACUUUAUGACAAGCAUGCUUCCAGAAAAUUUAAGUUAAGAUUUCAUAUUCAUUCACCAGUGUCAAUUACUGUACUAUAGAGUAUCAGUUAUGUAUCUAUUCAAUGAAUAUUGUAUAAAUUUAUAGCAGAGUCUUGAAAUAGUGUCCAAUAACUCCAGACAUUUUAUGUCAGUGUUUUAUUUUGGAGAUUGAAUUCAAACACAGCUUGUAGAUUUUAGCUUAUGAUAAAUUUUUUGCUCAAAUUUUGCUAAUGCACAUUCAGCUUUAGCCUGGUAAGAUUCCUUUGUAUCACUCCUCAUUUAAACAUCCAACAUGAACCAAUUUUGAUUGCAUAUUCAUUAAUUAUCAUGUACAUGUAUAUGUUAUAUCUGUACUAGUUGUAGAUUUUGUUUGCUGUUGUAUGUCUGGUCUUUAUUGGUCAGUAUGGUCAGCAUCACGACAGACUCUUGUUAACUUUAACCCAAAAUAACAAACCAUAUUGGUCUAAAAUAUACUGUACUUAUCUGACAAUAAGCUCAUGUCGAUUUAUAAGCAUUGUUAACCCAAUAAGCUAGUGUCUAUUUAUAAGCAUUGUUAGCCCAAUAAGCUUGUGUCUAUUGAUAAGCAUGAUUAGCCCAAUAAGCUAGUGUCUAUUUAUAAGCAUUGCUAGCCCAAUAAGCUCAUGCCUAUUAUGAAAUAGCUUAAUAAGUGCCAUAAGCUCAUGCCUAUUAAUAACAUAAGACUAUUGAUAAGGACUAGAAGCUUAUGCAUAGUAUUACGUCCACCCAUGAUAUAGAUGUACUGUUUAUUGGUAAAAAUCCUCUAACCUCAAAGUCAAAUGUAUGAGUAGGCUCCAUGAUCUUACUGCAGGAUAAGGUAUGUUUUAUGUGUAACUGGUUUUAAGGCUGUAUGCUACUUAAAUUCAUAUUGUACCUGUGAUGUGUGUUGGAGUAAGGCUGUAUGCUAAUUACUCUAGAUAUUAUACUGCACUUGUGAUAGAUGUAAGAAUUAUACCCAUUUAGUGAAAUAAGCUCCCUUAAGUGUUGUCUUUACAUUUUUGUAACUUUUAUAAUGCUGUUAUUUAUCUGUAUAAUCUUGAGCAAAUUCUGGUAUCCAUCCACAAGAUGCUUUCAGCAUUUCUUUGUCUAAAUAGCAGUUAUGAGACCAUCAGAAAUGGUUCUUAAAUAUACAAAUGUAGUAUUCACAAACCGAAUAAUUUAAAACUCCAUUUUAUUGUCAAAAACAGUAUUGUAUGACAUACACAAAACCCUUGUCAUGUUGUCUUUUCGUGAUGCUGGCCAUACUAAACACUGUCCUGUCCAGAAACCAUUUACAUUCAUCCAUCUGUCGCAUGGUAGAAUUUCUGAUACAUGUAAUUAUCAGAAGCUAUUUCUAUCUUUGUAGACAAAGAUAUUAGUUUUAAUAUUAAAGAAUAAAUGUUUGCAAAAACUUUA